AUGUCCUCCGCCACAUUCCGCGCAUCGCUGCGUCUUGUACAUCGAAUACCCCGAAGCAUCAGGCUGAACACGACCCAGAGCCUGCCACGCAAUUUACUUCCCCUGCAUCCGCGACAUUUCGCCUCAACGACAAUAAGAAGUGCUGGAAUUUCAGAGCAUCCUCCCGCACACAGGACAUAUCUGGUGUCCUCCCCGACCCAGGAAACGCUCGACGAACAGGAACUUGAUGCUCAGGUCAUACCGGCACAGGAUGCGCGAAUAAGUAUAACUGACCGAGCGGCCGAGCAACUGCGAACAAUUGCUUUACGACAGCAUGACCCUAACGCAGCACUACGCGUUGUCGUGGAAUCAGGUGGAUGUCAUGGCUAUCAGUACAAGCUAGAGCUCGCAACAGCCCGGUUGCCCGAAGACUACCACUUCACACAUCCAACUAUCGCUCCAUCGAAUGUUCUCGUAGAUGCCGUCUCGUUUUCUCUCCUCAAUGGCUCGACUAUCGACUUCGCUACAGAACUCAUAGGGAGUAGUUUCAGAGUCCUGGACAACCCGCACGCGAAGGGUAGUGGAUGCGGAUGCGGGGUCAGCUGGGAGUUGAACUUAGACGAUCUCCCAGCAGGCAGAUCGUAA